CCGCCCCUCCCCCGCGCGGCCCCGGCCCCCCUACCUACGCGCCGCGCUUGCCUCCCUCCGCCUCAGACUGUUUUGGUAGCAACGGCAACGGCGGCGGCGCGUCCCGGCCCGGCUCCCAGCGGCUCUUCGGUCUCUGCGGGCUUCCCCGCCCCUUCGUCGUCCUCCUUCUCCCCUUCGCCAGUCCGGCCGCCCCCCCGGCCGCGCCACCCCGCGCCUCCCCGCUCGGCGCCCGCGCGUCCCCGCCGCGCUCCGGCGUCUCCUCGGCGCGCCCGGCUCCCGGCUGUCCCCGCCCGGCGUGCGAGCCGGUGUAUGGGCCCCUCACCAUGUCGCUGAAGCCCCAGCCACAGCAGCAGCAGCAGCCUCCCGCGGCCGCCAGUGCCCGCAAGCCCGGAGGCGGCGGCCUUCUCACGUCGCCCGCUGCCGCGCCGCCGUCCUCGUCCUCAGUCUCGGCGUCCUCGGCCGCGGCUUCCUCCUCCUCCUCCGCUGCCGCAGCCGGCGCAGGCGGCGGGCGGCCGGGCCUGGGCAGAGGUCGAAACAAUAGCAAAGGACUGCCUCAGUCUACGAUUUCUUUUGAUGGAAUCUAUGCAAAUAUGAGGAUGGUUCAUAUACUUACAUCAGUUGUUGGAUCCAAAUGUGAAGUACAAGUGAAAAAUGGAGGUAUAUAUGAAGGAGUUUUUAAAACAUACAGUCCUAAGUGUGAUUUGGUACUUGAUGCUGCACAUGAGAAAAGUACAGAAUCCAGUUCGGGACCAAAACGUGAAGAAAUAAUGGAGAGUAUUUUGUUCAAGUGUUCAGAUUUUGUUGUGGUACAGUUUAAAGAUAUGGACUCCAGUUAUGCAAGAAGAGACGCUUUUACCGACUCUGCUAUCAGUGCUAAAGUGAAUGGUGAACACAAGGAGAAGGACCUGGAGCCCUGGGAUGCAGGUGAACUCUCAACCAGUGAGGAACUGGAGGCUUUGGAAAAUGACGUGUCUAAUGGAUGGGAUCCCAAUGAUAUGUUUCGAUAUAAUGAAGAAAAUUAUGGAGUAGUGUCUACAUAUGAUAGCAGUUUAUCUUCAUAUACGGUGCCCUUGGAAAGGGACAACUCAGAAGAAUUUUUAAAACGGGAAGCAAGGGCAAACCAGUUAGCAGAAGAAAUUGAAUCAAGUGCUCAGUACAAAGCUCGGGUGGCCCUGGAAAAUGAUGAUAGAAGUGAGGAAGAAAAAUAUACAGCAGUUCAGAGAAAUUCCAGUGAACGUGAGGGGCACAGCAUAAACACUAGAGAGGGAAAAUAAUAUAUUCCUCCUGGACAAAGAAAUAGAGAAGUCAUAUCCUGGGGAAGUGGGAGACAGAAUUCACCGCGUAUGGGCCAGCCUGGAUCAGGCUCCAUGCCAUCAAGAUCCACUUCUCACACUUCAGAUUUCAACCCGAAUUCUGGUUCAGACCAAAGAGUAGUUAAUGGAGGUGUUCCCUGGCCAUCGCCUUGCCCAUCUCCUUCCUCUCGCCCACCUUCUCGCUACCAGUCAGGUCCCAACUCUCUUCCACCUCGGGCAGCCACCCCUACACGGCCGCCCUCCAGGCCCCCCUCGCGGCCAUCCAGACCCCCGUCUCACCCCUCUGCUCAUGGUUCUCCAGCUCCUGUCUCUACUAUGCCUAAACGCAUGUCUUCAGAAGGGCCUCCAAGGAUGUCCCCAAAGGCCCAGCGACACCCUCGAAAUCACCGAGUUUCUGCUGGGAGGGGCUCUAUAUCUAGUGGCCUAGAAUUUGUAUCCCACAAUCCACCAAGUGAAGCAACUACUCCUCCAGUGGCAAGGACCAGUCCUGCAGGGGGAACGUGGUCAUCAGUGGUCAGUGGUGUUCCAAGAUUAUCUCCCAAAACUCACAGACCCAGGUCUCCCAGACAGAACAGUAUUGGAAAUACUCCCAGUGGGCCAGUGCUUGCUUCUCCCCAAGCUGGUAUCAUCCCAGCUGAGGCUGUCGCCAUGCCCAUUCCAUCAGCAUCUCCUACACCUGCUAGUCCUGCAUCCAACAGAGCUGUGACCCCAUCAAUGGAGGCUAAAGAUUCCAGGCUUCAAGAUCAGAGGCAGAACUCUCCUGCAGGAAAUAAAGAAAAUGUUAAGCCCAAUGAAACAUCACCUAGCUUUUCAAAAGCUGAAAAUAAAGGAAUAUCACCAGUUGUUUCUGAACAUAGAAAACAAAUUGAUGAUUUAAAGAAGUUUAAGAAUGAUUUUAGGUUACAGCCAAGUUCUUCUGAAUCUGUGGAUCAACUACUAAACAAAAAUAGAGAGGGAGAAAAAUCAAGAGAUUUGAUCAAAGACAAAAUUGAACCAAGUGCUAAGGAUUCUUUCAUUGAAAAUAGCAGCAGCAACUGCACCAGUGGCAGCAGCAAGCCGAACAGUCCCAGCAUCUCCCCUUCAGUACUUAAUAACACGGAGCACAAGAGGGGGCCUGAGGUUACGUCCCAAGGGGUUCAAACUUCUAGCCCAGCAUGUAAACAAGAGAAGGAUGAUAAAGAGGAGAAGAAAGAUGCAGCUGAGCAAGUUAGGAAAUCAACACUGAAUCCCAAUGCAAAGGAGUUCAACCCUCGCUCCUUUUCUCAGCCAAAGCCUUCUACAACCCCAACUUCUCCUCGGCCUCAAGCACAACCUAGUCCAUCUAUGGUGGGUCACCAACAACCAACUCCAGUUUAUACUCAGCCUGUUUGUUUUGCACCAAAUAUGAUGUAUCCGGUCCCAGUGAGCCCAGGCGUGCAACCUUUAUACCCAAUACCUAUGACGCCCAUGCCAGUGAAUCAAGCCAAGACAUAUAGAGCAGUACCAAAUAUGCCCCAACAGCGGCAAGACCAGCAUCAUCAGAGCACCAUGAUGCACCCAGCCUCUGCAGCAGGCCCGCCCAUCGUAGCCACCCCACCAGCUUACUCCACUCAGUAUGUUGCCUAUAGUCCUCAGCAGUUUCCAAAUCAGCCACUAGUUCAGCAUGUGCCACAUUAUCAGUCUCAGCAUCCUCAUGUUUAUAGUCCUGUAAUACAGGGUAAUGCUCGAAUGGUGGCACCACCAGCACAUGCCCAGCCUGGUUUAGUGUCCUCUUCCGCAACCCAGUACGGGGCUCACGAGCAGACACACGCAAUGUACGCAUGCCCCAAAUUACCAUACAACAAGGAGACAAGCCCUUCUUUCUACUUUGCCAUUUCCACGGGCUCCCUUGCUCAGCAGUAUGCUCACCCUAACACUACCCUGCACCCACAUACUCCACAUCCUCAGCCUUCAGCUACCCCCACCGGACAGCAACAAAGCCAACAUGGUGGAAGUCAUCCUGCACCCAGUCCUGUUCAGCACCAUCAGCACCAGGCCGCCCAGGCUCUCCAUCUGGCCAGUCCACAGCAACAGUCAGCCCUUUACCACGCGGGGCUCGCACCAACCCCACCUUCCAUGACACCUGCCUCCAAUACGCAGUCGCCACAGAAUAGUUUCCCAGCAGCACAACAGACCGUCUUUACAAUCCAUCCUUCUCAUGUUCAGCCGGCAUAUACCAAUCCACCCCACAUGGCCCAUGUACCUCAGUGUGCCAGUGAGGCUCUGGCAAGGUGUGGGCUAGAGAUCGGACACAGUUGGAGCUCUCUCUCAGAAUGCUACCUUGCUCAUGUACAGUCAGGAAUGGUUCCUUCUCAUCCAACUGCCCAUGCGCCAAUGAUGCUAAUGACGACACAGCCACCCGGCGGUCCCCAGGCCGCCCUCGCUCAAAGUGCACUACAGCCCAUUCCAGUCUCGACAACAGCGCAUUUCCCCUAUAUGACGCACCCUUCAGUACAAGCCCACCACCAACAGCAGUUGUAAGGCUGCCCUGGAGGAACCGAAAGGCCAAAUUCCUUCCUCCCUUCUUCUGCUUCUACCAACUGGAAGCACAGAAAACUAGAAUUUCAUUUAUUUUGUUUUUAAAAAUAUAUGUUGAUUUCUUGUAACAUCCAAUAGGAAUGCUAACAGUUCACUUGCAGUGGAAGAUAUUUGGACCGAGUAGAGGCAUUUAGGAACUUGUGGGCUGUUCCAUAAUUCCAUAUGCUGUUUCCAAGUCCCGCAAGUACCCCAGCUCUGCUUGCCAAAACUGGAAGUUAUUUAUUUUUUAAUGGCCCUCAAAAGUCAUGAACACAUCAGCUAGCAAAAGAAGUAACAAGAGUGAUUCUUGCUGCUAUUACUGCUAAAAAAAGAAAAAAAGAAAAAAAAAAAAGGAAAAAAUCAAGACUUGGAACACCCUUUUACUAAACUUGACAAAGGUUCGAUAAAUUCUUAACCGUCAAACUGACGGAUUAUUAUUUAUAAAUCAAGUUUGAUGAGGUGAUCACUGUCUACAGUGGUUCAACUUUUAAGUUAAGGGAAAAAACUUUUACUUUGUAGAUAAUAUAAAAUAAAAACUUAAAAAAAAAUUAAAAAAUAAAAAAAGUUUUAAAAACUGAUAUCAAGUUAGUGUGUGUUUGUCUAAGCUACUUCGUGUGCUAUAGGAAACUGGCUGUCGAGGCAGCUCAGUGAUGCUUUAACAUUCUGGAAGGUAGUGACUGUCAAUCACUUUUCUUCUUCACCUUUAGUUUUGGUUCAAGGUAUCUCUAGAAAAUGACAAGACUGAGAUAUUCUCUUUGGUGGAUUAGCAGUCGGCUUCAGAAGGAGGAAGGCUGGCCAGAGUUUGGGCAGCACUGAAAGUCCACAUCCUCAAGCUGGCGCUGAUUCUAAUGAUCAAAGGCAGAAGAUUUAUACCAGAUAAAGCCAUAUGGAUUGCUGGUCUAAAAUUCAAGGCAGGUUAGUUGACUUAAUUCUUUGGUGCUGGUGACUGUUAGUAUGGAAAAGUUCAGUAGUCAGGUGAAGAAAGCUUGGCGCUGGGAGCUGUCGAGUGAUACUCGGGGUCCACACAUAUGGCUAACUGGACGAAUUCUGCCACUUAAGUGUCCAGUUCGGUGCUCAGAGCUUUGCUCUUAGUUGCUGAUGUGGCCUCAGCUGCCAGUGAGGACUGGCAGGAGGGAAGUGUGAACUGUGGUAGACUAUCUGUAGCCAGCAGGGUACCUGCCCCACACUGGUGAGAGCACCUACCUUGGGGACAACUGUUCCCCUUCAGCCAGCUGGACCUGCUCUAGCAGAAAGGUAUUGGGUUAGUGUCACUUUUUCCAGGGCCAUGAAGGAACUUUUUGUCAGAAUAUAUAUGAGCUGUCCUGUAACGUGGACAGUUAGGAAGCAGUCUGGGGAUUGGUGACUUUCAGUUUUCAGGUAUAGACCUGGCAUGCCUCUUAGUGCUACCUGAGAGACGUGUGCUGAGAAACUGCUGAGAAGCGAGUGUCCCUAGCUGGAGGAUGUUUGAACUUGUGCCUGGAAGGAGGGCAUUUACUUGGUUGACUGUCCACCUUUCCCCUACAGAGAGGAGAAAAAUGUGGAUCGUUGACCAAUCAGAAUUGCCUUUGUCUUUUAAAAAAGAAAUCCAGACCCCCUAUGCCCCCCCAGAGAAACCUGCUUAUAGAAAAUAAAGACCAACAUCCGUAAAAAUGGACCAGGGGUGGGUGUGGUGGUGCUUGCCUGUGAUCCCAAUAUCUUGGGACGUGAGGCAGGAGGAGGAUUACAAGUCCAAGUAAGUUAACAAGUCCAAGACCAGCCUCAGCAACUUAGUAGGGCCCUGUUUCCAAAUAAAAAUUGAAAAGGACUGGGAACGUAGCUCGGUGGUAAAGAACCCCUGGGUUCAAUCCCCAGUAUUCAAACCAACAUACAAAAUGGACCCCAGAUCUGGAUCUGCUCUAUGAUCCAUGAACUCACCAGUAGAGUUUUCAGAUUGUAUGGAGGUGGCUACUUCCCCAACCCCCUGAAAUCCCCAGAAUAGCCUAGAAGUGAAAGUUUGAUCUCUGGAGUAGAGAAUGACUAGAGUGAAGAGACCACACCUUCCCCCCAUAAGGCAGGCAGUACUGUUUGGGGCUGAGGUUUCAUGUCACUUCCGAUUGAUGCAUCUGGGAAUGUUAAGCUGUGCUAAACUCCUGUUUCCUAGAUGCCACUGGUGGCAGCACUGAAUGGCUCUGCUAGCCUUCAGGCACUAGCACUGCCGCCCCCCUUGUUUAUGAGCCUUC